AUGAAAGUCAAUAUUGAACAAGAGGCUGCAACUCGUGCUAGCUGUCGUGUGGCUCUUGAAAUCGCAAAACGUGGAAAACCAUUCACCGAUGGAGAAAUGAUCAAAGACUGCGUAAUUGCAGUAGUCGAAGAAAUGUACCACGAAAAGUCCUUGUGCGGAAAAUGUUUGGAUGUGUCUGAAGUUCUAAAACCAGUCAUAUCAGUUGUUAAUUUCAUCAGAUCCACUGGGCUGAAUCACCGACAAUUUCGCGAGUUUAUUGAAGAGAUGGAAGAAAAUGACUUACCAUAUUAUACUGCCGUACUCUGGCUUAGUUGCGGAAAAGUCCUUCAGCGCUUUUUUGUACUUCGAGCAGUGAUCGAAUUUUUUUUAAUGGAAAGCAGCGCCCUCUUACCGAAUUACAAAAUAGUGACUGGCUGUGGAGUUAGCAUUCUAUGUCGAUUUGACAAAACAUAUGAACGAACUGAAUUUGAGAGUCCAAAGAGAAAACCAGCUUCUCCCUGA